CCACGCCCCCGGAAGCAGCUGCCGGGCCUUAGCGGAAGCGGGGCGGGGCUUGGUCUCUUUGGUGCUGGCGGCCGGGGAAGAUGACGAAGGGUACAUCGUCAUUCGGUAAGCGACGAAAUAAGACUCAUACCUUGUGCCGUCGAUGUGGGUCCAAGGCCUACCAUCUUCAGAAGUCUACCUGCGGGAAAUGUGGGUAUCCCGCUAAGCGCAAGAGGAAGUAUAACUGGAGUGCGAAGGCGAAAAGACGCAACACCACGGGUACUGGUCGCAUGAGGCACCUGAAAAAGGUCUACCGUCGAUUCAGGAAUGGAUUCCGUGAGGGAACCACGCCGAAGCCCAAGAGAGCAGCCGUUGCAGCCUCCAGUUCAUCAUAAAGAUUCAUUUGUUUAUUAAAAUAAAUGGUCUUAUCCAGAAAA